AAUUUUCUCCGCCUCCCUCACUCGGAAGGAAACCCUAACUCACAAAAUUCACUUUUCUCUUUCACCCUCUAUGUGCAAAAACUAGUAGAUCGAUUGUAUCUCUGUACAAAAACUAGUAGAUCGAUUAGUCACAGUUUCUAUAAUGGUUAGGGUAGAUUGAAUUAGUACUGUUUUGUUAAUUGCUUAUCAGGAAUUAGUACUGUUUUGUUAAUUUGUCUCAAGUCUCAAGAAGAAAAGGAAGUUCAGUUCUGGAGGUCAAUUUUGGCGACCGAAUCGUUUUAGGGUUUUGAAAUCGAUCAUACUUGUGAAAUUAUAGUUUACUAUUGGGAUGAAUUAAAGAGAAAUCAUGGAUGUUGAUUCAGAGCCAACAAUGGAGGAAACCAUUUUGGUAGGUGAUGAUUUAAUGACAGGACCACCAUCACCUAUCAUACCUCCAGAAAUUGCUUCUCAUGUUCUUGAAGGUGUUGAAACUUGUGAUGGGAUUCUUAGGAAUUUCUUCCUAUGUUUGCAAAUCAAUGAUAUUGAACCAUUUUUCCAAGAUGAGAUUGUUAUAUACAAACAAUGUGUCGAUAAACGGGAUAAGAUACUAAGGCAACGGCUUCGAGAGAGUGAACAUAAAUUGGGUCUUUCAAUGCCAUUAGAUGAUGCCAAAGAUAGAGCUACUCAACUUCAAUCAGAGGUCACAUCAUUUGAGAGGCGCUUAAUUCUUGCAAGUGGAGCUGAAGGGAUGGAUGGGUUUCUCCAGAGAUGGAGUUUGCAUGGACGCCUUGAAGACACUAAAAAAAGAUUAGACUCUUUAAAGCAGGGAAUGGAGAAGAGAGAAAAUAAGGAAGAUCCAACAAGUUCAACCACCACUAAGAAAGUUUGGUUCCUUACCUGGCUGGGCUUGAUGCUGCUUCCCUCUCAUUUGAUUCAAUGACUACAAGUCUUGGCGAAUGCGGUGCUUGGUUAUUCCAGGAGACAAUACACAAUUGCACAACUUAUGAUCAACAUAAUGAGAAUGCCAAGACUAAGAAGAAGAGUAGGAGGAGUACUAACUAAAGCUUCUUAUCAGUACCAUGAGGAACAAGGAAUCGAAAAGUAAUAUGUGGAGUAGCAAGAGAAUGAAGACUGCAUUGCAUCCUUGUUAUUAAGAGAAGUAGUGGAGAUAGUUUUGUAGUUAAAACGUUUUCUUUUGCAUGUCUUGUGGAGUUGGUGUUUUUGUAGAGUUAUGCUCACCUCUUUCCUUGAUCAUGAUAUGAGACGUUUAACAUAUUAAUAAAAGUAAUUGGAAUCAAUUUUAAU